GAGAGAUGGACAGGUAGGCAGGUUACCUGCAUUUCAUACCUGACAAGCUUAAAGUGCCUAAUAUUUAUUUUGGGGGAGUUUUCAAUUUCCUCGUACCAUUGUGCCAUCUUCGAAGACCAAGAAAGUUUACAAGAUGUCAUCUGACGACGAACCUGCCGAGGCACUGAAGGCUGCUAGUCUCAAUUCAAAGGAGGCGCAGCGGCUUCUACGAGCCGCAAUGCGCAAGGAGAAGAAAGACCUAAAGGCCGAGGUAAAGAAGGAGCGCAAGCUUAAGGCCAAGCAAGCAUCCAAAAGCGAGAGCGCCGAGAAGGAGACUAAAUCCAGCAAGGGGAAGAAAGAGCGACAGAUGAUACGCCUCAAGCUGCGCGCCGAGCAGCUCAAGGCGGAGGGCCUGAAGCUGCUGGAAGAUGCGGAGAAGGCCAGGGUUGAGUAUGAAGAGAUGGCCGCUCAGGCUCAAACAAAGGACGGCAAGCAAACAAGCGAGGUGGAAACUUCGAGCAGCAGUGGGUCAUCAGACUCUGAAUCUGACGCCAAGUCAACAUCUGACGCCGAUUCCUCGCCCGCGCCAGAGCCUGUUCCACAGAAAAAGAGCAAAAAGUCAAAGAAAUCCGAGAAAUCAGAAGCUGUCGACGAGGAUAGCUUGCAUGGAAAGAAAAAGAAAGCCAAGAAGAACAAGGAGAAAUCGAAGGAGACAGAUGCGCUCGAUGCAGCGCCUGCUGCAGAAGAGGAGCCUUUACAAGACACGAAGGAGGCCAAGAAGGCUCGUCAAGAAGUAAAGAAGCGCAAGAGGUCGGCGGAGUCUGAUGUCGCAGUCACCACUGCGGACGAUACAGCAAAGGAGAAGAAGUCGAAGAAAUCAAAGUCGAAAGAUGAAACGAUCGCCGACGCAUCUGCAAUAGUGGAGAAAAAGCCUGCGCGCACAGGCGCAGCUGAGCAGUGGAAUGUGAGCGGUCUCGAUGGAGGUGCCUCGAGACAGGACAAGUUCAUGAGGCUCUUGGGUGGCAAGAAAGCUGGAAACGAAUCAGCAUCCGUUUCUACUGGCACCUCAAAAGGCAAGGUUGACUCUUAUAGGUCAGCUGAUGACCUGCAGAGGCAGUUUGAUUAUGGCAUGAAGAUGAAGCAUGAGAUGGGCGGCCAGAAAAGAGGUCUAGGGGCUUGAAGAAGACAGUGUUUCGAACGUUACGUCUAUGUUUAUACCCUUCCUUGUUGCCGUUGUCAGUAGCACGUUUUGGCAGCAACUCUGUAGAGUUCGCAGACAGAAGUCUUUUGCCAGUGGGGUGUAUUAAACAAAGUCCGUUUUGCCCA